AUGUCAGCAAAUGCGGACAGUGUUUCUAACAUUGACGUUGUAAGAGAGGCACCGAACAACAAUAACAUAGCUGUGACAUCAGGUGGAGCAGCCGCCGCGACUGAUCAUGUUGAUCUUCGCCACAGUGGCAGUACCGGGCAUGACCACUCUGCGAACCCGAACACAGCACUCCCUCAACAUAGUAGCCCAGCACUUGUUCCUGCACAACAUCAGCACCAGGACGUCGGCGGCACUACCCACCUAGGACCGGGAAGACCCCUGAUGAAUCAUGUCGUGGAGGAGGAAAGCAGAAAGCAGCCAUCAGAUGCCGGUUCUUUUGAUAGUAUGUUGCCGCACAGUGAUGCUGAGCCACCAGGAGAUACUAGGUCUUUAAGUGGGACGGGGGAUAGUUACUAAAAGUUCAAGUUGUCAUAUUAUCAGGGAUUCAUGCUUUCUUUAGUUGGACACUCAGUCACAGAUGUCAUCUUGGAGGGUGCC